GUUCUUACCCUUCACCGUGACAAGACGUGAGUGUGUGUGUGUGCGCUCGGUCAUCUGGCACUAAUUAUCUAUAAGUUCAUGUAUAGAUAGUUCAGUCAACAAGUUAUACAGGGUGUAUAAAAUGGCUGGUAGGAAAAAUGCAAACCAUGAAAAACCUCCAAGGGCUACUAACUCCAAGGAAAAUAACAAGUCAGAAAAUCACCCAGAAAUAGAAAUUGCUGCCCUAGAUUCUAUUCUCAAAAACCUGUCCGAUCUAGGAAUUGGUUCUGAGACUGAUAUACAACCUGAAAAAUCUAGUUUUGGUACAAUUCUAAACCAUUUAGUUGAAAUUGUGGUUAUACUGAGCAAGGAGAUAUCAGAGCUCAAACAACAGAAGCAAGAAGAGAAGGAGAUAAAAAACCAGCUUAGAAAAUGUGAGGACGACCUAGAUGAAUCAAAACAGCGUCAAUUAAAAGGAAACCUCAUCCUCUCCUGUCAAAAACCAAAACCUGGCAGUCCAUCCAUCAUCAAA